AUGGGGGGCGGCUGCGGCUUCCCCUCGUGCCUGGAAGGAGGGCAGACCCCUGGGAACCGAACCAGGAGUGAGACGCCCCCCCAGGCCCCUGCCUUCCUUUCUCCCUUCCUCACUGGAGAGCCAAGCGUGUGUAAUGGCUUCUCGUCUCCAGAAACCGUUGUCCUCCUCCACCAGACGCUUCUGAACCCCUCGCCUGGAGACAGCUCCUCAGCUGCUCCUGAACCUGUGCCCCCCAGCCGGACGGUGCCCCCAGCUCCUCGCCUCUGUCCUCACCAGCAGCACCAGCACCAGCCGCUGCAGCAGCCACCCCCGACACAUCCCGACCCCGCAUCCCAACUUCGAGGAGAGAGGAGAGGGGGAUGGGGGCCCGUCCUUCCCCCGGGGCAGGGGCGUAGGGAACCCGGCGGUGGGGAGGAGGGAGGAAGGAGCGACGAGGUCAGAGGAAACCUUGGGUUUCCAAGGCUCCUGGGGCACCAAAGCGCUUCCCGCAGUCGCGGAAUGAGCUGGGGAGGAGCCUUUUGCGAGAACGCGAGCGCGCCCCAACACGCCUCAGACCUCAUAAACCCACUUGGCAAAGACCUGGGAAGCCGCUGGCGGAACCACUGCGGUGAACUCAAGAAAUUAACCUGCGCUACAAUUAAACGGGCUGCCGCCCUUUCAGACUCACCUCGAGCGACCGAAAUAGAAGCUCCCGAACCGGCCGCGGGGGGACCUGGCUCCACCCUCCGGUCCCUGGAGAAGAGGACAAAAAGGGGAGAUGGACUUGGAGAUGGCCCCGCCCUUCAAACGCUCCAAUCCAUGGAAACUAAACCUCCUCUCCAAGCCUCCAAGUCUAGAGCGGACAAAGGCAGCGAGGAGACCCAGACUGGUGGAGAGAUGUGGCUUUCGGGCUUCUGUUGUGGGUGCUUGGGGGAAAGGUACAAUGGCUAA